AUUUAAUUGUGAGAGACGCAACAAGAUGGAUUGUCACCGCAUUCGUAAAAUGUCAUAUUUUGGAAUAUGGAGUUUGAUAAUCGCUGGUUCUUGGGCUACAAACGUUACAGCAUCAUCCCCUGAUAAUGAAUCGACACUGGAAAACGGAAGUCAUCGAGACAGUUUUGGUUUCACAGCCUCUUCUAGCCCUGAUUGUACAACGUGUGUAAAACAGGCCGAUACAACAACUAAUUACGAUCAAUAUAACAACACUGGUAAUUAUAGCAACAACGCUACUAACUCAACGAUUGAUGGCGGAGGAGCUGCAUCGGCAUCAUCAUCAUCAAUCGAUGAAGCAAUAUUUUACUUCAGACGCUAUGCUUGGAUCACCAUGAUUUUCAUUGGGCUUUUUGGCAAUUUUAUGUCAAUUUACAUCUUCUGGAACCACAAGAAUUGGGGGUCCGCUUGUACCCUUUACCUUUUUGGGCUUGGUUUCGCUGACACUGGCGUCAUUAUCAUGUAUGGCUUAUUCGAAUGGGGACGGCGUGAAAUGCGUUUUCUGUCGAACGACACAGUUUACUUUGACGUGUUUGAUCUGCAUGAUUACGUUUGUAAAACCUGUCGCUAUCUUUGGCAGGUAUGCGCGUUUACGUCGUCUUGGUAUAUUGUCGGGUUUUCUUUUGAGAGAAUGAUUGCAGUAACGUUCCCUCUUCGGGCCAAGAGCAUCCUUUCCGUAAAGAAGACCAAGAUCGUAAUGUUCACUAUUUUGAUAAUCGGUAUCAUUUUGUUCAUCCCCGUGUUUACGACAUACAAACUUGUGGAAAGCCCUGGAUCGAGAGUCAAGGCAUGUCUCUUCACCUUUGACCUGUGGGGAAUCAUCACGUUUUUGGAGAUCAUCAUCAUCUGCUAUGAUCUGCCCAGCGUUGUAUUGUUCUUAAUGAACAUUUUCAUAGUAGUUGGGCUGAUCCGCACAAAAGCCAGACGAAAGAAGAUGCGCACCACUGGAUCAGUGGAGGCUGACAAGGCGGCGAAUAAAGCCGCUAUCAACUUAAUUGCGAUUUCGGUUCUCUUUCUCAUUGGAUCAAUUCCAAAAGGCGUUUGCUGGGGAAUAUAUUUCUCCUACUUCACCGCGGGCCAGUCUGGAAAUGCGAACCCCGACGCAGCGUCGUUCUGGUUCGCUAUGGGAAAAUUCGCAUCGGCGUUCAAUCUCAUCAAUAAUACACUCAACUUCAUAAUAUACAGCUUCAACCUACCGUUCUAUAGGGCCAAGUUCCUGCAGAUCAUUACGUUUGGAAAAGUCGGAGGAAAGAAGAAGAAGAAAGAGGAUGACUCAUCUACAGCUACGUCGACCAUGAGCCUGAGUAAAGAGGAAUCAAAUGCAUCUCUGGCUGAUGUAAAAAUGGAACCAAAAGCCUAGAAGAGCAAUUCCGACUUUAUCAACACUAAAAUAUCUCAGAUAUCUUGAACAAGCACUCUCAACUGAUUACAUCUAUGAAUAUUAUUGCUUGCUUUAGUUGUAUAUCAAGAAAUUAACGUAUACACUGUUUCAAUUUCAUUGACAAUAAGGAGCUAGUCUCCAAUGUGUCCAAGAUUCCUAGUUAGAUGUGUGAAUGAAUUAUGUUGUACCUAACAUUAAUGAUACAUAUCAACAAUGCAAAUAAAUAGGACACUCCGCUACGAUUUAAAUUCUGAUCAAAGUGAGAAAGUUACUUAAACAUCCGGUUAGUCGAUCAAUUAAUAUUUCGAACUUCAUUUAUAGUUUUUAUACCAACCAAAUAAAGUCGCAGUACAGAUGUGUGCUUAUUUGAAGUAAAUCCGUCAAGUGGUUUUCCUGGAACCGCGAUGACAAGAUUUAUUUUAACACUUCUAAGAUGGCCGCCAGGAUUCAAUAUGGCCGCCGAAAAGUUAAUCGGCUCUAGAACUGAGAUGAAAGCAUUUUA